UACGAUUAUUAUCUAGGCAACCUUUCAUGGGCUUUAAAAUUAAAAUAUAAUAAAAAGCCCAUGAGCGGUUGCCUGAAUAAAUCUUACCUUUGGAUUUUAUAAGAGGUUGGUUAACGCUCUCUAAUUUUUAAAUUAACGGAGCUAUAAAAAAAAAAUACACGUAUUCUGCUGAGCGUAAUAUGUUACACACUUGUAAGAUGGAGACAACCGAGGAGACAAUAGAUGCGGGUAUCAUGUAGACAUAUUGUAAUCCUCUUAAUAUUUACAUAUUUACUAUUUAUUAUUUAAUAACUACCUAACCCGGCUAACCCAGUUACUAAUCCAGACUAAAAUUAGUGUUAUUAUUUAUCUAAUUAACUAUACAUUCAAACUGCAAAAAUUAUUAUUUCUAAAAAUAGAAAUUACGAAAUUGACAUUAUUAAAUAAUAUAUAUUUUAUAUAUUAUAUUGAUAAGUGUAGUGCCAUUCAAUAAAAUAGUUACAGUACAUAUUAUUACUGUUGAAUUUGUUGAUGUAGCCUGUAGGUACCUUUGUCACUAAUUAUUAAAAACAAUUAACAUAAAAACAAAUAAUUUAUUGUAUUAUAUUAUGUAUGCUGUAUCAAAAAUUAUUAUUUUAUACAUACUAAAUACAAAUAUGUCAUGUAUAUUAACACUAUAUAUAGCUAUUGGCGGGUACCAAACAGGAAACAGGAAAUCCGAUAGCAGAUGGUAGUUGGGCAGUAAAUUACUACUUACCUAUUGUGUUACCUGCAGUUACAGGUGACAGGUGAAUUCAUUCGUGCGUUGACUCUCGAGUGUUUGGAUGUGUAAUACUAAACUAUAAUAUUAGUUUUCGAAUAUAUUCGUGUUUUCUAGUUUCGAUGCAAAUGCUUGAUGGAACAUACCGCGCGUACAACGACGUUUCGAGUGUCUUUUAAAUUGUAAUUAUUAUUACUUUCAAAACCAAUAAUUAUACCUAUUACUAUAGUAGGUAUAGUAUUAUUGAUUACACAUUAUUUCUGCUUUUACCGUCCGUGAUGGACGAAGACAUAAGAUACCAACGCCUUCCCCAAUCGUUCUCGGUUAGGGAACUCGGGUCUUCCGAAGCAAGGGGUUUAUGGGGAAUCAAACACACGCGGAAACCAGUCGAUUUGAUGGUAGCAAAAGCUAAAAGUUCGUCAACACCCUUACAGCCACAAGUCGAACUACGAAUCACCGAAGAUGGAUGUGAAAUUAUCGGAGACAAGUUUAAAAAAGUUUUCCCCAUUCACACAGUUUCUUACGGGGUUCAAGAUUUGGUUUAUACAAGAGUUUUCUGCAUGAUAGUCGUUAAAGAACAAAUUAGCGCAGACAGAAAACCAUUUGACUGUGUGGCGUUCGUCUGUGAGAGUCGUCAAGCUGCAAGAAAUUUAACUUAUACAUUAGCUACAGCGUUUCAAGUAGGCAUAUAGCAGGAAAGUACGUAGUACUGGAACAUCUAAAUCUCGAUUUGCCAUUGAUUUAAGAUCUGCUGAUGAACUAGAAAUGGAUCUUAGGAAAGUUGACUCUGAGGCAUAAUAUUGUCAUAUUGAUUGUUUUAUUUAGGGCUUAAGUGAUUAUAUAAUCAUGUUUAAUUUAUAGAUGUUUAAUGUUUAUGGAUUGUAUAAAUUGUAAUAUUAUUUAGAAUAAAAAAUGUUUUGAUAGUUGAUACGUUAUAAAUUUUAAGCUCAAGAUUUUAUUGGGGAUUUUCUAGUACUUAUUACUUAUUAAUAUUAGUAUUAAUCAUCAUUACAAAUAUAAUUAUCAUAUUU